AAGGUCACCCCUGAGCAUCCUAAAUUCCAGUGAAAAAAAUCUCAGCCUCUUCUUAAAACUCAAACUCUCCAUUCUUUAUGUAUCAUGUUUUAACCUGGGGUGCCUUGAUAAAUUGUCAAUACACUUGAUUAACAAUGUACGUUCUUUGUAAUACACAAAGCCCAAGGGGGUUCUCCAGUUUCCAGCCCCUCGUAGACUAUGAUUGAAAGAUCCUUAGUCAGUGGUCUUUCCCAUCUGCACUGGCUGCCCCAAAUUUCACGGUUUCCCCCAGCGCCCAGACCUGGAUGUUAGAAUGUGCUUGUCUGCAACAAUCAGUCAAAAGCUGCUCACUGCACUGGAAGACUAGCACACCAUAGAGCACCUUUACCAAGUUGAUGGUCCACCAGGCACAGCUGAUGUUUAUCUUGAUGUGUGUGGUUUUAACAUCAUAGAUAUGAUUUAUUAAGUUGAGAACUAGUGUAAAGUCAUUGUUAAAAUAACUCGCCAAAUUUUGGAAUACCAACACCAGCUGAAGUUCAGACACUAAUAGUCAGGCAAUUCAAAGUCCCAAGUUAACAACAAUGUGCAUUUAAACAGCACAUCUUAAUGGGGUGAAAUGUCUGAAACAAUAUUUCCAACCACGCCACAGAUGAAGAGAUUCAGGCAGGUGACCUAUAGUUUAGGAAGGGCUAGGUUUUAGGGAAAUGGUUCCAGGCUCUGGUCAAUUAAUUUAAGGCAUAUUACUAAUCGUGGAAUGAUUCAAAUCAUACUCGAGAGCAGAGUUGGAGGAGAGUAAGAGGCCGGAUGGUACUACAGUACAGAAACAGGGAGGACCGAGGCUGUGAAGGGAUUUGAAAACAAGGAUCAGGAAUUUAAAAUUGAGGUGUGUGCUCAACCAGGAGCCUCGGUAGGGAGAGGUAAUGGUGAGUGUUGGGACACAAGCAAGAGUUUUGGAAGUAAACUGGGAAUCAAAGAAUUGUUAUUAUGCAGGAGGAGACCUUUUGGUCCAUCGUUUCUCUUCUAACUCUCUGAAUGAGUGUCAUGUCAUUAAUUCAAAUUAAUUUAAUUCAUUUUUAUUGAAUUAAUUAAUUUAAUUCCAAUCUAGAGUUCUUCAGAAACUGAUCCAAUGAUUGGGGGGGGUGGGGUUUCAAGGCGAACAAACAAAUAUGAUUGGAUGAAAUAGUGUUCAUUAACAGGCAGUUGAUUGGCCAAGUUUUGGCCUGGUGCGCUGUGAUUGGCCGGGGCUUUGGCGGGCUCUUUGUGGCGGGAAAUUACAGAGAAUUCCCUCCGGAGUGACAGAGCGCGAGCCCCGCCCCCCGAGCCCCGGCCGGACUCUCUGUCUCACUCUCUCUGUCUGUCUCUGUCUCACUCUCUGUCUCUGUCUCUGACUCUCUGCCUGUCUCACUCCGGGACAAUGCCGUGCUCUGAAGCCUCCAGCCCCGCGGUGUCUCCGGCCAAGCGGCCCCGGGAGGACGGUGUCCAGCGGCUCCGGUUCGCGCGGCUCAGCGACAACGCGCGGCCCCCGAGCAGGGGCUCGGAGCGAGCGGCGGGAUUCGACCUUUACAGUGCUUAUGACUACGUGAUCCCUGCUCAGGAUAAGGCUGUUGUGAAGACUGAUAUACAGAUUGCUGUUCCUCAUGGGUUCUAUGGCAGAGUGGCUCCAAGAUCUGGUUUGGCAGCAAAGCAUUUCAUUGAUGUUGGAGCUGGUGUUAUUGAUGAGGAUUACAGAGGAAAUGUUGGUGUAGUCCUCUUCAACUUUGGAAAGGAAGACUUUGAGGUUAAAAAGGGCGACAGAAUAGCUCAACUGAUUUGUGAACGCAUCUGCUAUCCAGAACUUGAGGAGUUGAAGAGUCUAGAUGAAACUGAACGCGGUGCAGGUGGUUUUGGCUCUACUGGUACAAACUGAACGUGAUGUUCUGCCAAACCAUUUCAGACACUGCCUAAUGUCUCUUUGGAGAAUGUUACAAGCUGUGGGUUCUUCAGGAAACAGCAAAUUGAGAAAUGUAUAGUGAACGUCUUUCAUGCUUUGUGGGUAAAACAGAAUGGGAAUCUAUCCUAAUGUAAAACUGCUUUCAUCUAGGCAAUUUCAAGAGCCUGAUCUUGGUAGUGACUGUAAGACUACUUAUUCUAGUUAUGGACUUGAGCAGUUGGGUGUUUUUUUAUUAUAACAAUAAAACUUUUUGACAUUA